AUGUCCGGUACCAAACUGGAGGACUCCCCCCCUUGUCGCAACUGGUCAUCCGCUCCCGAGCUGAAUGAAACUCAAGAGCCCUUUUUAAACCCCACCGACUAUGACGACGAGGAAUUCCUGCGGUACCUGUGGAGGGAAUACCUACACCCGAAAGAAUACGAGUGGGUCCUGAUCGCUGGCUACAUCAUCGUGUUCGUGGUGGCUCUCGUCGGGAACGUCCUGGUUUGUGUGGCUGUGUGGAAGAACCACCACAUGAGGACGGUAACCAACUACUUCAUAGUCAACCUUUCUUUAGCUGAUGUGCUUGUGACCAUUACCUGCCUUCCAGCCACAUUGGUUGUGGACAUCACUGAGACCUGGUUCUUUGGACAGUCCCUCUGUAAAGUUAUUCCUUAUUUACAGACUGUGUCAGUGUCUGUGUCUGUCCUCACACUGAGCUGCAUUGCCUUGGAUCGAUGGUAUGCAAUCUGUCACCCUUUGAUGUUUAAGAGCACAGCCAAGAGGGCCAGGAACAGCAUUGUCAUCAUUUGGAUUGUCUCCUGCAUUAUAAUGAUUCCUCAGGCCAUCGUCAUGGAGUGCAGCACCAUGCUCCCUGGUUUAGCCAAUAAAACCACUCUCUUUACAGUGUGUGAUGAACGCUGGGGUGGUGAAAUUUACCCCAAGAUGUAUCACAUCUGUUUCUUUCUGGUGACAUACAUGGCACCACUGUGUCUUAUGGUAUUGGCUUAUCUGCAAAUAUUUCGUAAACUCUGGUGUCGCCAGAUCCCUGGAACAUCAUCUGUAGUUCAGAGAAAAUGGAAGCCCCUGCAGCCUGCUUCACAGCCUCGAGGGCCAGGACAGCAGACCAAGUCCAGGAUUAGUGCUGUGGCCGCUGAAAUAAAGCAGAUCCGAGCCAGACGGAAAACAGCCCGGAUGCUAAUGGUUGUACUUUUGGUGUUUGCAAUUUGCUACUUACCAAUUAGCAUCCUCAACGUGCUAAAGAGAGUAUUUGGGAUGUUUACCCACACGGAAGACAGAGAGACCGUAUAUGCCUGGUUUACAUUUUCACACUGGCUUGUAUAUGCUAAUAGUGCUGCGAACCCAAUUAUUUAUAAUUUUCUCAGUGGAAAGUUUAGAGAGGAAUUUAAAGCUGCAUUUUCUUGCUGUUGCCUUGGAGUUCACCAUCGCCAGGAGGACCGGCUCACCCGGGGCCGGACGAGUACAGAGAGUCGGAAGUCUCUGACCACCCAGAUCAGCAAUUUCGACAACGUAUCAAAACUCUCAGAGCAAGUUGUGCUCACCAGCAUAAGCACACUCCCAGCAGCCAAUGGAGCGGGGCCACUUCAAAACUGGUAG